AUGCUUGAUAAUAAUACCAAACAGUGGUCAGACGGUUUACAGUUUAUUCAGAGUAAAAAAAAUCAAGCCCUACACGAAGGGAUUAAAAAAAGGGCUUACGAAGCUAUGUUUGGUAGCAAGCAAAGAAUCGGACUGGCAGACUCCUCCCUGGAAAGUGAAGUAUAUGAUUCUUUGAAAACUGAAGAAGAUUUGGAGAAAAUGUUAGAAGGGAUGACAUGUGAAACAGAACAGCAGAAUGAAGAGGUAGUGACAAAUGCAGAACCCAAUCCUGUUGCGACAAAUGCAGAACCCAAUCCCGUUGCAUGUUACACUUGCGAAGAAUUUGGAAUUACCCAACCCUGUACAAUAUGCGGUUUAAAAGUACACAUAACGUGCGGUCUUGAAAAUGAAGGAGAAGUCACAUGCAGCCUUUGCUUUCGAAGUGAUACAAUCAAAGUGCAACGCGAGGACGCAAAAGCCGGAUUGGAAAAGCAAGCUGAAAAAAUGCUGACUUUGUCCCGGGAAAAAAUACCCCCUGCUGAAAUUGGUCAAAAUGUUGUAGUAAAAGUUCCGGAUGUCGACAGGGGGCGUCUUGCUCCUAGAAGUGUUCUAGCUGUGGUCUUAAACGUGAAUGAGUCCAGCUUGUAUAAGUUGGGAACCAAAGACGGUGCACUGGAAAGACUUUAUAGUCGUAAUGAAUUUAUCUUUGCGGAUUCAAAUUUUAUAAAUUCAUCAGAUGUCCCGAGUUGCUCUAUAAAUUUGAGAAAAGCUUCCGCUCUUUCGUCUGGAUCAAGACAAUUGUAA